AUGUCGCCAUCGCUCUCGACGUACUCGCUCGUGCAGUGCGUCGUCUCCGCCGCGCAGUUCACCUCUGGCGAGAUCAGCUUCUACGACACCUACGCUGAGCUGACCGCCUCCGAUGCAGACGGCAACAGCACAUCCCCACUGCGCAUGGAGUACGAUGUGCUGGAGCACUUCCGCAUUGUGCGGGCGCAAGGGGUGAUGCGGCUGACGCUGCCGCGCGGAGUCGUGCGACGAUGGGCAGAACAGAACACUUUUGAGACGCAGCUGGACGAGUACGAGGGUGUGCAGACCAACGUGCACAAAGGCAACAGGGCUGAGGCAGGCGCCGUCUCUGGUCAGACAACGGCCUCGACAGUCGUGCUGCUUGUGCAGCUGAGCCUUGAAGACAUGGCUGCUUUUAUGCGGUCUAUCGCGCCUCUUAUCGCGGCAAGCCGGCGGAUCAGAUCCGCGUCGCGCAUCUCCGUGACGGAGCCGCUGCCGGUGUACGGGGUGCCGCUGGUGGACCCCGCGGCAAGCGUGCCAAUGGAUGCGGCAACCUCGCCGCGGACGAUGUCAACCUCAUCGGCGAGCUCUCAAGAGGGGGUUGCAGAGAUCGAUUUGGCGGGCGGUAAGAAGGCGGCGCCGGUGUGCGGCCACCGGCACUAUCGGCGCCAGCGGCAGGGGCGAGGCGAGAGGGACACGGCUCACCGCACACCGUCUUGCACUGGUGACGAUGCUGAGGAGAGAAGAGGAUGCGCGUCUGCCAAGCACUCCGAAGCGCGAUGCACCACCGUGGCUGCCAAGGAUGCCGCACUUCGCGUGCCAGAAACGGUAGCUGAGCUGCUGGGUGGCGACAGCGACGGCAGUGCAACAGGGGUGGCUGAGGCAGAGGGGCACGGUGAUGCUGUGCAAUUCCUCUCCGGUAGUGCUGCGGCGCUAGCGGGUGGCGAGGAAAAAGAUGGAGGGGGCACCGCGAGCCAAACCUCUCGUGUGGCUGACGCGCUCGCCAUCACCGCCACCGCCACCACAGGGGCUGCCGCGCAGGUCGAUCGAUGGCUUCCAUCACCGAAGCACCAGCAGUCGCGGCAGGCGACCCCAUCACGGCUCGCCAACACGCUGGAGGGUGUGGGAGAGGCACUGGCAGAGUUCAUGGAGGAGGCAGAACUCCCGGAACACUAUCGUGGCAGCCGCGGCGAACCUCUCCAUCGCCGUCGACCGACCGUAGCGGCGGUCAUGACGGCGGUGCGGGGCGCGGGUCAGCAGCAGGCGUCUCGAUGCACGCAUCAACAGCAGCUGCCCAUUGUCGCCUCGCCUGCAGCCCCUUCGGUGUGCCCAUCAUUAAAGUCCAUAUCAGAGGCGCAUGAGUUGUGCCACCCGCAUCGGCAACAGAUCUCCUCCGCGGCUGCAGUGAAGCCGCAGUGCGAGGAGGAUGGGGUGCAUGCUGCGGCUGCAGCAGACGGCGGUCCUGUGGUGAAGAAUCGGCGAUCUAAUCAGCGUCCGAUGGAUAUGGCAGCUCACGUGCAAGGGCAGUGCUUGGCUCGAGUUCUCCGCAGCGGUGGCGGCGGCGCGCACCUAUGUGCUUCUGAAGUCUCCUUCACGGCUGCGGCCGAGCUGCCACGACUCGCGACAUAUGACGCGUGCGAUGACUGCGCCGAAACACAGGAGGGCCACGCGAUGCCUUCACCAGCAACGGAAGAGGUGCGCGACGGCGCCGAUAAAGCGGCGGCCGCCUCUGGCUCUGCUGUCUGCGGUGCCCGCGGGGUGAAGCGUGCCGGUGAUGGCUGGGGCGGGCCUGAGACCCAGUGGACAGCUCUGCGCGCAAACACGACCACCCACGUCUUUUCGAAUGCUGGCAAGGGUGGAUUCAGAGACGGUGCCUGCACCGCGCCGACGGCCACGCCCACCCGGCAGUCUUCACGCUCCUCUGGCGCUGCGUCGUCGCUCAAGCUUGGAGAUAUGCUGGGGGUGCCCGGCGCCGUCCACGAGCCGGGUAGUGCUGCAGAGGGCGUCAUUGAACCGUCGCGGCGUACUGUGCAGUUCCGCGGUGACGGCGCGGGUACGGUGCCGCUCAAGCCGUCGCUACCGUACGCACGCAACAGCGGUGCAGCUGACGUGGUGGCGUACCUGCGAGAGUUGUUCCCAGUAGAGGAAACCGUGCGGAAACCGACGCGGCAGCGCCGCAAAGUGCAGACAGCCACCGCCGCGGGUUCUGUGAGGGGACUCUCCGCACCUCAGCGGUGUAGACGCGCACCGGCUCGGAGAGCUGCCACCCGCACCGCCUUGGCCACGGGUGCCGCUGCUGCUGCUCCUAAUCUGGUCUUCACCGACGCACCCGACAAGUCAGUGGAUGGCGCGACGGCGCCUCCGCUGCCCGUCAAGGCCGCCCCAUCACCACUGCUGUCGUUACCAGCGAGGCCGAGUGACAAUAUCAGCGCUGCCGCAGCCACGCGCGCGACUGCCCAAAAGCGCCGUCGCUCCCCGACUGUAGGCGCUCUGGGGACAGGAAAGACGAGGGCCAAGGUGAGCACUGCCGCUGCCGCGCACCCCUCAGACAACAGUAUCGAUGCGGCAGAGGACAAAAGCGUGGAGGCCACAAGGAGUGCUGCCGCUUGUGGAAAUCCCGCUGCAGCGUGUCUCACGACGCCACCGAAGCCGGAGGCGUGCUCUGCUGUCUCGCUGCCGUCGCGUGUCACCGUCUCCGUCCGUGACGCAGAUGCACUGGGGCUUGUCCAAGGACCGCUGCCUCUGCGCAGUGCCGCUUCGGAUGCAAAGCCAGGCGCGAUGGUGAGCGCGUUCACGCCCGCCGCGGAGGAGGAGGCGGCGGCUGCCUACGCAGCCGUGGAAGAGGGGGCGGCUGCCGCGGCACUGGACGGCGAUGCGGCCAAGGUGGCUGGAGGUCUCAUCAGGGGGCCUAGCACGGAGGCUGGCAGUCGCGAAGCGCAACGCGAUGCAGAGCACCGCCGGGGCACACAGCUGUCGCGGACACAGCUCGUCGUGCACGAGGUAGCGCCGCCGGCUGAAUGCGUGGAUGGGACUUCGCGCUACCACACUGCAGGAGUGGCAGUAGACCAUCGCGACAAGAACCGCGGCCGCUCCAGUAUCAGUAGCAGCCAAGCCACGUGCCCACUGCUCUACUGCCGGGAGUCCCGCAAGGAGCGCAGUCGGCGUGUGCUGCGUUACAUGAAUCUCAUCUCGCAGAGCAUCGCCGCCGUGCACGAGACGCACGACGCACUGCGCGGGCUGCUCCUCCUCAUGAUGGAGGAGGAUCAGCUCUAG